UAUUGCACUCUGGGAUGCAAUCCUCGUGUGUGAAAAUUGUACAUCAUUUCAGAUUUAAAGUGAAAUUUCUGCGGAAGUUGGCAAUCGGUUUCGGAUAGUAGUAUAAUAAAAGGGUAACUGAGGAAAAGAAUCACAUUCCGAUGGCCGUUCGCGUGCAGUUUGAAGGAAAUAACGAGAUCGGUGUGUUCUCAAAACUUACAAAUGCCUACUGUUUGGUAGCAAUCGGUGGUGCUGAAAAUUUUUACAGUGUGUUUGAGGGUGAGCUGUCUGACACAAUUCCAGUGGUGCACACAUCUAUAGCAGGAUGUAGAAUUAUUGGCCGCUUGACAGUUGGUAACAGACAUGGUCUCUUGGUCCCCAAUACUACAACAGAUCAGGAGUUACAGCACAUUCGUAAUGCUCUCCCAGACUCUGUGAAGAUCCAACGUGUGGAGGAGAGGCUGUCAGCACUGGGGAAUGUCAUUGCUUGUAAUGACUAUGUGGCUCUGGUACACCCAGAUCUAGACAAGGAAACAGAGCAGAUUCUUGAAGACGUCCUUAAAGUUGAAGUAUUCCGUCAGACAGUGGCAGACAAUGUACUUGUUGGCAGCUAUUGCACCAUAACUAACCAAGGGGGGCUGGUUCACCCCAAAACCACAGUGGAAGACCAAGAUGAGCUGUCUUCACUGUUGCAGGUGCCUCUAGUGGCAGGCACAGUAAACAGAGGAAGUGAUGUCAUAGCUGCUGGCGUAGUGGCCAACGAUUGGCUAGCUUUUUGUGGAUUGGAUACCACUGCAACAGAACUGUCGGUCAUUGAGAGUGUGUUCAAGAUUGGAGAUGCACAGCCCAGUAAUAUUACCACAGAAAUGAGGGACUCUUUAGUUGACAGCAUGACGUAAAAAGCUGUUUGAGCCAGUGCGAGUGACAUUCUAGAAAGCUGACUUUCGAGACAAAUUUACUUUACUUUACAAAGGAGAUAAACUUGGUGAAGGACUCUUAUAGAGAGAAGUGAUUGUCCAUUAUAAAGACUACAGAUGCAUUAGCAUUGAAUGUUGCACACUGCAGCAAAACUACUGCUAGUUAUUUAUGCUGGAAUAGUGCAACUAAAAAAGUAAAACUCUUUAAAUGUUGUGGAGUUGAAUGACGUUCUUGUGCAGAGAACCUCACUAGUGAAACACUAUCAAGUAAUUGCCACUAGGUUCCGAAUCACCCAGACCCAUUGGUGUCGAAUCCAACUGACUGUAUUUCAUCCAGGUUCUUAAAGUAGUUAUGCUACUCUUGUAGACUCAAUGCCAGUAUAAAGUUGGUUUGUAGAAUUCUUUCAGAAAAUGAAGUGUAGACCAUCUCAACUGUUGUAUUGGGGAUGUUGCAAAUAUUUUGCCAUUGUUCAGUAAAGUUCUUCAGGAAAUGAAGUGACGGGUUAUAAUAAUAUUGCAGCUGAUAAAGGCUAUUGGAUAGGUCUGUCUGUUUGAAUUAUUUAUCCAAGUAUGGAGAAUUUCCCUUUACUAAAGGAAAUACAGCUUUAUAAUAAAAAGGAUUAAAAACAAA